AUGGCCGGUCGCGAAUUGAAGGCGCUGUUGAACAGUGGCGAGCAGGGCGCUACCUACACUGCUACGAUCUCGAUCGCAGGCGCCACUGUGGAGCUCCCCCCCGAACAGAGGAAGUGCUUCUCUGAUGAAAAGCACCCUUUCACCGCAACCUCAUUCGACUUUCUCGCCUGCGUGGUAGUUCGGAAGUGCGUGUCCCCGUCUCUUCAGGAGGCAGUUAAGGUGGUGCCCUCCAAUGUUGUCGCGGACAUCGUCGCUGGACGUGAGGACGUGCAUGUGGCCUUUGACGGCUUGGUUGGUUGCAAGAUGGUCGCGUUCUGCAUCUGGUCCGAGGAGGUGAGCGACAAGAAGGCCUCUAACGCGGGCAUGUUGCUGCUCUUGCGGCCGGACCACCUGGGGCUUGACGCGACCGCUCCCUGGAAAACUCGCUUUGUCCGCGUCUGUCACCCCACACCCGCGGCUGAGCAUCUUGCCGGGUGGUUUCACGGUCGCGUCUGCCUAUACUACGGGAACGACUCGGUCCAGUGCGUCCGGGCAGGGCAGCUGGGCGAGCCGACACGCCUCGUGGACCUGGACAUCUCAUCCUGGAAGGCCCCUUGCGGUUCACUCGCAUGUGGGUUCGCGUUCGACAGAGUCCUCAACGACCUCGACGCGGUUGUUGGACACGAACCUGCUCCUCGCAUCGCGAAGCCGAUUGCUAGGACGCUGACAACUUUGCGACAGGAUGCGAAACGUGCCGGUGAAGAGCUCGCGUUCAGGUCCCGAUGCGGCAUCGCGGACGGUCAUGGGGGGGAUGCCCACGGCGGUGACCGCGAGAAGUCGCACGAACAACCAGCGGGAUCUCACGUUUCCGGUCGUGAUAACGUCGCUCUCAACACAGCUCUUGCGCUCGCGAACACAGGGGAGGGGGACCAGGGGAAACCGGACAACAAGGAGGAGGGCUCGAGCUCCGACCGCGAAGAGGACGCCGCUGUUAACGCGCAGGAGGGUGGGGGUGACGGGAAUGCAGAGGAGGAGGCGGACGAGGGCGAGGGACACGGUCGCGAUCAAGACGAAGGGGAUGCCGCGGAGGAUGACCAGCGCGGUGAUUUGGAGCUCGAGGGUUCGGACGAGAUGGACGAAGAGGACGAAGAAGAGGACGAGGAAGAGGAGGAGGAGGUGGAGGAAGUCGCGGCCACCCAUGCCGGGCGUCCAACGGGCGCGGUAGCGGGAGCAGGGAAGAGUAUUCGCGGUCUGCAAGCUGUGCUGUCCCCCCGCCCCGGGAGCGCGACCCACUCGGGCGAGUACGCGGGCAAGAGUCCGGUCUUGGGCAAGCGGAAACACGCGGAGCUGGUGAAGAUGGCUCCGGAGAAGCUGGCCGCGGAGAUCCUCCGUUUGAACCAGCAGCUGGAAAAUCAGAAGCGCAAGCUGGACGAGGUCGCGUCCGCGGUGCCCGAUGCUGAAUUCGCGGUGGUGAUCACGCAGAAGUACGAGGAUCUUGAGGCCACGGUGGAGAAUGCGCUAACCCACGCGCGGAACACGGAGCUGGUGGUUCGCAGGGAGGCCAAGCUGGCCGCGAAGGACAGGUCGGAGAAUCGCGACAUGCGGGAGAAGAAGCUCACGGACGAGGUCGCGCGGAAGAUCGACGGCGCGUCAUCAAACAUCGCGGGUACCGCCGAGAAAGCGAUCCACACGAGUGGCGUCACCAGCUCCCUCAACAUCAUGAUCGCGAUGCUAUCCGGGCGUGCCGCACCGCAGCAGGUCCCGGUUGGAACGCAGGGGCAGGUGGUGGACGAGGUAGCGGCGAAUGAGGGUGGGAAUAAGGCCGCGGACAAGGAGAGUGGGAAGAAGGUCGCGGAUAAGGAGAGUGGGAAGAAGGUCGCGGACAAGGAGACGGGGAAAAGGGUCGCGGACAAGGAGACAGGUAAGUGUGAGAGCAGCAGGGGUGGGAAGCGGCAGAAAGGGGUCGCGAUCCAUAGCGUCGUCGACCUUCUUAAGAAGGGGGGAGCGGUCGUCGACCGUGCUGCAGGGUCCACCUGGGGAGCUGCAGCUGCUGCUGCUGGGCCACCGCCUGCGACCUCGGGUGGGGAAGCUGGUAAAGGCAAGGCCAAGGUCGAGGACGCCCCGCCCGCCUCCACCACCACCCCACCCGCCAUCACCACCGCGAUUCUGCCCGCGUCGGGCUACUCCGCCUCGGUCGCGCCUGGACAGCCGGGACCCAGCUCUAUCGCCCCUGCCAUCCCCCCCUCUGCAGAUGUGAAGGCGAAGAAUCAGGGCCGCAGUGGUUGUAAGCCUCCUGCAGCCGCGGUGAAGACUGAACGCGACGAUGACGACUCGGACGCGGACGAUGAGGUUGAGAUGGUGCUGCAGAGGUUGUGCGGGCCGGGCGACACCAGCGGCGCAGGCGGCAAGCGCAAGGGCUGUGGGAUCCGCCCUCCGCCCAGGGGUGGGGAGGGGAUGGUGGGCGAACCGUGGCUGGGCGGGAGACGUCGCUGGCUCGGACAUCACUCUCUCCAGGAGGUGCAGUACCUGACCGCGAUCGCGGUGAUGUGUUACGACAAGAAGAUAGACGCCGGGCUCAAGCUGACUGCGCAGCAGAAGAGUGAGUGGGCUGAGGACAUCUCCGCGGCCGGGACUUUGUGCACCGGAAUUUUCACCACCAUGCACCUUCGCAACCUCUGCGGCAAUGUUGACAGGUACCACCACAUGUUCAAGACAUACCGCGACCUCACCCGCCGCGGGUCCCCGAUCAGCAACACGAUAGCCUGGGCGGCCGCGGUGGGGAAGGAGGCUGCAGAUGAGGAGCCCGAUGUCACCGGCGCCCAAGACUGUUCGCUGCUUGCCGGCACGCCUGAGGAAAUGGCCCGCGGUCACGCCACGAUCGUGACCGCGGUUUUCAAUCGUGCCAGGAAGGAGAAUGAACGCAAGCAAGCCCCCGAGGUUACACCGAAGGUGAUCGCGGAGAAGAUUGAGACCGCGGUCGUGAACCGCCUUGGCGCGCGACUUGGCGACCCCACAAUGGUCGCUAUGGUCGCGCACGAGGCGGUAGACGUGCUGAUGACCUGGUGCGACUGCAAGAUCGCGGCCAAGACGACGGAGGCCAACGGGCUCUACCUCGCUUUGCCGGAGAAGCGGCUGUCCGCGAAGAAGAGGUCCGCGUGA